AAAGCCAAGACGUGUUCAGGAAGGCAGUCAUCGCCAAGCAAGUUAAAAGAACGAAUUAGAAAUUCUUUAGCAAAGACAUUUUGGAGGGUCAACGGUGGAUGUGGUGGUUGGGAGUGAGAACGGAUUUGCCCCCUGGAAUCAGACAUAACAAUAGAAAUGGCGCAAACAGAAGCACAUCGCAAGAAAAGGCAAGUGGCAACUUUAAUUCUAUUGAUGCUUCUGUGGGAGGUGGGAUCAGAAUUGAUUCAGUAUUCUGUAUUGGAGGAGACAGAAAGUGGCACAUUUGUGACCAGCUUGACAAAGGACCUGGGACUCAGUCCCGGAGAGCUGGCCACGCGGGGAGCCCGGGUUGUUUUCAAGGGGAACAGACAGCAUUUGCAGCUUGACGCACACACCUAUGAUUUGCUGCUAAAUGAAAAACUGGACCGGGAGGAGCUGUGCGGCUCCACUGAGCCGUGUGUGCUGCCUUUCCAGGUGUUACUGGAAAAUCCCCUGCAGUUUUUCCAGGCUGCCUUGAGAGUCGGAGAUAUAAAUGACCACGCCCCGGAGUUCCCCGCCAGAGAAAUGCUACUAAAAAUAUCAGAAAUUACUACUCCAGGAAAGACAUUUCCUUUGAAAAUGGCACAGGAUUUAGACGUGGGUAGCAACAGCCUCCAGAGCUACACAGUCAGCUCCAACUCUCACUUCCACGUUCUCACCCGCAACCGCAGCGACGGCAGGAAGUUCCCAGAGCUGGUGCUGGACAAAGCGCUGGACCGCGAGCAGCAGCCGGAGCUCAGGCUGACCCUCACCGCGCUGGACGGCGGGUCUCCGCCCCGGUCCGGGACCACCGACAUUCACAUCCGGGUCUUGGACAUCAAUGACAACGCCCCCGAGUUUGCUCAGGAACUCUAUGAGGUGCAAGUUCCUGAAAAUAAUUCCCUCGGCUCUCUGGUUAUCACCGUUUCAGCGACAGAUUUAGAUGCAGGAUCCUUUGGGGAGGUAUCUUAUGCCCUAUUUCAAAUCGAUAACCUUAACCAACCCUUUGAAAUUAACGCAAUCACAGGAGAAAUUCGAUUGAGAAAGUCGUUGGAUUUUGAGGAAUUUCAAUCUUAUCACGUGGAUGUUGAGGCCACAGACGGCGGGGGACUAUCAGGAAAAUGCUCGAUAGUCAUCAAUGUCCUGGACGUGAAUGACAAUGCUCCUGAACUGACUAUGUCGUCCCUCAUCAGCCCCAUCCCUGAAAACCUGCCAGAGGUGAUAGUGGCAGUUUUCAGUGUAUCAGAUGCAGAUUCUGGACAUAACCAACAGGUUAUUUGUUCUAUAGACGAUAAUCUCCCCUUUCUUCUGAGACCAUCGGUAGAGAAUUUCUACACGUUGGUAACAGAAGGAGCGCUGGACAGAGAGAACCAGGCCGAGUACAACGUCACCAUCACCGUCACCGACAUGGGGACCCCCAGGCUGACAACCCAGCACCACAUAACCGUGCUGGUCUCCGACGUCAACGACAACGCCCCCGCCUUCACCCAAACCUCCUACACCCUCUUCGUCCCCGAGAACAACAGCCCCGCCCUGCACAUCGGCAGCGUCAGCGCCACCGACGCCGACGCGGGCGCCAACGCCCAGCUCACCUACUCGCUGCUGCCGCCCCCGGACCCCGGCCUGCCGCUGGCCUCGCUGGUGUCGGUCAACGCCGACAACGGCCACCUGUUCGCCCUGCGGGCGCUGGACUACGAGGCCCUGCAGGCCUUCGAGUUCCGCGUGCGCGCCACCGACCGCGGGGCGCCGGCGCUGAGCGGCCAGGCGCUGGUGCGCGUGCGCGUGCUGGACGCCAACGACAACGCGCCCUUCGUGCUGUACCCGCCGCAGAACGGCUCUGCGCCCUGCACCGAGCUGGUGCCCAGGGCGGCCGAGCCCGGCUACCUGGUGGGCAAGGUGGUGGCGGUGGACGGCGACUCGGGCCAGAACGCCUGGCUGUCCUACCAGCUGCUCAGGGCCACGGAGCCCGGGCUGUUCGGCGUGUGGGCGCACAACGGCGAGGUGCGCACGGCGCGGCCGCUGAGCGAGCGCGACGCGCCCCGCCACCGGCUGCUGGUGCUGGUCAAGGACAACGGCGAGCCGCCGCUGUCGGCCAGCGUCACGCUGCACGUGCUGCUGGUGGACGGCUUCUCGCAGCCCUACCUGCCCGCGCGCGACGCGGCGGCCGACGCGGCCCCGGCCGACCCGCUCACCGUCUACCUGGUGGUCGCGCUGGCGGCGGUGUCGUCGCUCUUCCUGUUCUCGCUGCUGGCGCUCGUGGCGGUGCGGCUGUGCCGGCGGAGCGGGGCCGCCUGGGCGGGGGGCUGCGCGGCGCCCGGGGGCCGCUUUCCGGGCCCCCUGGUGGACGUCAGCGGCGCGGGGACCCUGUCCCAGAGCUACCAGUACGAGGUGUGUCUGACGGGAGGCUCGGGGACCAACGAGUUCAAGUUUCUGAAGCCGAUUCUCACCAACUUUCCUCCACAAGGAACUGGGAGGAAAAUGGAGGAAAAACCCACCUUUCGGAAUAGCUUCCCAUUCAGGAGUUACAGGUGAAUUUCUGUUUGUCUGGGAGCAGACACUGGAUUUACAAAUUCAUAACUUCUAACACAAAGGAAAAA